AUGACUCAGCAAUCACUUCCAUCCCUCACGCCCGAUCAGACGCUCGUGCGAGAUAUCAGAAAACUUGUCAUCGACUGCUGCCGUCAAAAUGGAGGUGGACACGGUGGCUCUGCCAUUGGUAUGGCCCCCCUCGGCGUGGCACUCUGGAAACAUACGAUGCGCUUCAAUCCUGCCAAUCCGCAGUGGUUCGAUCGAGACCGAUUUGUUCUAUCAAAUGGCCAUGCAGCCAUCUUUCUAUACACGAUGCUGCAUGUGGCAGGGUACUCGCACAUGACUCUCGGCGAGCUAAAAUCAUAUGCAAGUCUCAAAAGUGUUGAUCCUGAUACUGGAACAUGGAAGAGCACAAUAUGUCACGGGCACCCAGAGAUCGAGGUACCUGGCGUUGAGGUUACCACUGGCCCUCUUGGACAAGGCAUCGCCAACGCCGUUGGUCUCGCUAUAGCAUCUAAGCACCUGGCCGGAACAUUCAACAAGCCGGGGUAUGAUAUUAUCACUUCGAGGAUAUACUGCACCACAGGAGAUGGCUGUCUACAGGAGGGUGUUGCGGUCGAGGCCAUGGCGAUUGCGGGUCAUAUGAAGCUGGACAACUUGAUUGUCUGCUAUGACAACAACCAAGUCACCUGCGAUGGUCCUCUGGAAUGGAUCGUUACCGAAGACACUAACAAGAAGAUGGAGGCACUUGGUUGGCAUGUCAUCGACGUCUUCGAUGGUGACACCAGCGUGGAUAACAUUGCAGGAGCCCUGUCCCUGGCUCGAUCUGUAAAGGGCAAGCCCAUCUUCAUCAAUAUACGGACAACCAUCGGCUUUGGCACAGCAACGGCAGGCACUGCAAAGUCGCACCACGGAACCUACAGCAAUACGGAUGCUGCACUAUACGCGGAGCGAUCCGACUCGGCCACGCAUGCUCUGUCGGAGGAAGCCCAAGCGUACAUGGCAUCUUCCAAGCGGCGCGGGGCAAGCCUGGAGCAGGACUGGUCCAACAUAUUUGGGGACUAUUCUGAGAGAUACCCGCAAGACGCCAAGCUCCUCGAGGCGAGGAUGCGAGGAGAGUAUGAGUAUGCCCACCUCCUCGAGGCCAUGCCUAUCCCUAUUGAGGAGCCCGCACCGUCACGACAAAUAAACGGCCUGGUAUUCAACGCCCUCAUGGACUCGAUUCCCAAUCUUGUCGCAGGAGGUGCCGACUUGUGGAAUUCGAACCAGAUGGGGGACCAGACAAGACGCAUCCUUGAUGCGAGUAAUCCGAGCGGCAGGGUGAUCCGUUAUGGAAUCCGCGAGCACGCCAUGGCAUCCAUCUCCAACGGACUCGCCGCAUACAGCCCCGGGGCAAUUGUCCCUGUCACGGCAACCUUCUUCAUGUUCUACCUCUACGCGGCUCCUGGAGUUCGCAUGGGCGCGCUGAGCAACCUAAAGGUCAUACACGUAGCGACCCACGACUCGAUCGGCGAGGGUCAAAACGGCCCAACGCAUCAGCCCGUCGAGGUCGAUUCUCUUUAUCGUGCGAUGCCCAAUUUGCUGUACAUUCGCCCUUGUGAUGGAGAAGAGGUCAUCGGCGCUUGGCUCGCGGCCCUGUCCGCCAAAGAACAACCGGCCAUCAUCUCGGUGGCGAGAGACGCACCCGGCACAAAGGUGCCAAACACGAAUCGGAACAACGUGUCCAAGGGCGCGUACGUCGUAAUCGAGAAUAAUGCGGCAGUCGUUACCUUGGUGUCGUGCGGGUCGGAACUGCAGUUCGCCGUCGGGGCGGCUUAUGAACUCACAGGCUCUGGCAUCCCCACGCGGGUGGUCAGCAUGCCUUGCAUGCGCCUCUUCGACAUGCAGGACGCCCAAUACAAGAGGUCGGUCUUGUCAGAGUCUCCUCACUGCAUCUCGGUCGAGGCAUACAUCUCCGGUAUGUGGUCACGAUACUGUACUGCGUCGAUAGCGAUGGACUCUUUUGGCUAUUCGGGUGGUGGUCGUGACAACUUUGCUCGCUUCGGGAUAGACACGAGGGGCAUACUUGGCAAGGUCAAGGCGGAGGUCUCUACAAGCGGUGACGUAGGCCCGGUUUCCCGGAGAUGGAAACUGCUGAUAUAA